GACUGCAGAAGAAUAAUGGCUGCAUUCAAGGGCAUCUGGACCAAGACGUUCUGGAGGGCAGUUUCCGGGGAGUUCCUGGCGACCCUGAUCUUCGUCCUGCUCAGCCUGGGCUCCACCAUAAACUGGGCGGCGGGCGAGGAGAAGCCGCCUCCCGCCGACCUGGUGCUGAUCUCGCUCUGCUUCGGCCUGAGCAUCGCCACCAUGGUGCAGUGCUUCGGCCACAUCAGCGGUGGCCACAUCAACCCCGCCGUCACCGCCGCCAUGGUCUGCACCCGCAAGCUCAGCCUGGCCAAGGCUGUCUUCUACCUGGCUGCCCAGUGCCUGGGAGCCGUCGCCGGGGCCGGCCUCCUCUACCUGGCCACGCCCACCACCGUGAGAGGGGGCCUGGGAGUGACUUCGGUCAACUCCAGCAUCUCACUCGGCCAGGCCUUCAUGGUGGAGCUGCUCAUUACAUUUGAGCUGGUCUUCACUGUGUUCGCCACCUGUGACCCCAAACGCGGUGACCUCACUGGCUCCGCCGCCCUGGCCAUCGGCUUCGCAGUGUCCAUCGGCCACAUGUUUGCGAUCCCUUAUACUGGAGCCAGUAUGAACCCCGCCCGCUCCUUUGGGCCCGCAGUCAUCACCUGGACCUGGGCGAACCACUGGGUGUACUGGGUGGGUCCCAUUCUGGGUGGAGUGAUUGCUGGUGCCCUCUACGAGUACCUGUUCUGCCCCGACCCGGAGCUCAAGAUGCGAUUCAGAGGGGUGUUCUCUAAGGAUGCCUCUGGCAAGUACAGAGAGGCCGAGGGCCUGGUCAUCAAACCCGGGUCCGUCCAAACUGUCGACGUGGAGACGCCGGAGAAGAAGGAGCCCUUCAGAGACUCCAGCGAGGUGCUGUCUUCGGUAUGACUACCACGAGCACUGGAAAUGGAGACCAACCUGUAGACCUCUCCGUCCUAUGGAUCCUGCCUCGAAGAGACGCUCCUCCACCUUGUCCUCCCUGGUGGGCGGAGCUGGGCAGGCAGACUCUGAUUGGCUGCCUCUCUGCAGACAGCACAUCAGCAUCCCAACACCCCAAACCAA